GCCUGCAUCGACGCUGAUAUUGCCUCCGUUGGCGUACUCCGACGCUCGCCAGCUGUCUCACUUGAUGACGUCUGACGGCGCGAUGCACGAGAACGGUCGUGGCAGAUGACUACCUCCGCACCGUCCCUGACACGGAGCGAGCUUCCUCGGCCUGUCCACUGCAAUAUAAACUCUGCGCAUCCUCAGUCGACUCUCUGGCCUCUUCACCCAUACCUGCCGCCAUGGGUCCCUUCCAGCUGCGUCUCCUAGCGAUAGCUUCCGCGCUUUCUGUCUCACUCGAUGUGGUCUCAGCCAUCAAUGUCUCCAUACCGAUCUCUGCGCCUGGCAACUCCCAGGGACUAUCGCCGACACUGCUGUCUUUCUCUCUCGAGCAAGAUCGUUGGCCCGACUGGACUGGUGUCGAGUCUCGCAACGAAUUCACCCACAACGCGCUUUUGAAUUACGCGGCGCUGACCGGCCAGCCUCCCAAUAUCCGCGUAGGCGCCAAUUCCGAAGACCAUACGUUCUGGUCGCCCACGGUUACGAUCGAAGACAGCUCGUUCCCUCCUCCAAACUCCGUUACGCCAUACCCCGAAGCGACGAGCAUCACCGUGGGGAACGCGUACUACUCCUUGUCGCGCUUCCUUCCCCGCGGCACGCGGAUGACAUGGGGCGUCAACCUCGGCGCCGACAACGUAACCAACGCAGUCAAUAUGGCCAAAGCUAUCGUCGGGGCGUUCCGUACUGGAGCUGUGAAGUCCUCCGGUGUCGUCCUCGAGCGGAUCGAGGUCGGCAACGAGGCUGACCUCUACAAGAACAACGGCCUUCGUCCUAGUAACUGGACGGUGCAGCAAUACGUCCCUGACUGGAUCUCCGUCGCAGGGCCUGUGGUAGAGGCUGCCGGGAUCACUGGGCGCGACGGUCCUGUCACGUUGCAAGGCGCGGCCUUUGCCAGCUCCGGGUUCACUCCUCGUGAGCUCUUCUCUCUCGGGAUUCUCGACAGCACGCCCGGGAAAGCUAUCUCCGUCAUUUCCCAACAUCAAUACUCCGCCGCAUUUUGCGAUGGCGGCGAUUUCCCGCUUGUCUCCUUUAUGAGCAAGACCGGCGUCCGAGGGAAUCUGACGAUCUAUGAAGCCGAUAUUGCUGCAACGCAGGCCCAGGGUCUCGUCUACAUCCUUGGCGAAACGAACAGCAUCGCGUGUCACGGAGCCCCGGGCGUUAGCAACACCGCAGGCGCCGCACUAUGGGCGAUCGACUACACGCUCCAGGCCGCGACUCUGGGUAUGAAGGAGGCGUACUUCCAUGAGGGCGUGGGCUACAAGUACAAUUUCAUCCAACCCAUCACGCUCAACCGCUCCAUAGUCGACAACUAUCCCCUCAACCCUCCCUCGCCACCCCACGUCCAGCCCAGCUACUACGCCGGCCUCGCAAUCAACACCUUCAUCGGCAGCACCAAAACCUCCCAAAUCGUCGAGCUCGCAGUGAACGACUCCGACGUCUCCGGCUACGCCGCGUUCGAGCACGGCAAGCUCGUCCGCGCCGUCUUCAUCAACCUCCAUGCGUGGCUCGCGAGCAGCACCGGGACCCGGCCCUCCGUGCACAUCGACCUCGACUUCGCGAAGGCCGCCGCAUCCGACGCGCAGAGCGACGUGAACGCGUUCUGGAGCCGUGGGGCAACCGCGCGCAGGGUGGUGAUCCAGCACGCGGAUGAUACGGCGGGGUUGACGUGGGCGGGGCAGAGCUAUGAGACGGCGGACGCGCACCCGUCUGGUCGGGUGGUGGUCGAGAAGGUGUCGCUGGAUGCGGGGAUCGACCUGCGCUCGACGGAGGCUGUCUUGAUCUCGUUCUGAGCAUCGUUGGGAGGAGUUCAUUGACUCGCGUUGGGCUUUUGUCGGGCUCGUGUCAAGCGAGCAACGAACCAUCCUAGUUGGUCCCUCUCUUAGCGCCAACCCUUCGCCAUUCGACUCGCGAUUUCGUCGGAUUCGGUCCUCGAUCGUUCAGGUGACUCGCCGAAGAUUCACAGACAUCGUUUCUGAUCUUAUGUUGUAAUUUUAAACACGGUAUGACGAUCCGGUUCCCAGGGAUCUGAAUGUCACUUUCCGGUGCGCGCACGCC